CACUCUCACAUACCAAGGUACCUAGUAGUAACCAGUAAAUCAAUCCCGCCCUCGUUCUCCCUCCCCACAAGACCAGACACUGAGCCACACUCCUCCUGCUUUCCACGGACACAAACCUCACACACACCAUGUCCAGCGACAUCUUAACUCAGCUCCAAACCUGCUACGACCAACUCCUAACCCAGUUCUUCGCCACACUGAGCUACCUCUCGCAACGACACCCGCUCGUCGCACCCGAUCCGGAUCCCACUGAUCCCUUCACAAACCCGCCCUCGGGCCUAAGCGUCGCCGCCAGAGCCGGAGAGAGAGAGGGGCAAACAUCUCAAGCUGUAAGCCCGCCCGGCGACGCCGCUCGACCCCAAGCCGCGAAAUCCCAAACCGCCAUCGUCCACCCGGGACCAGAGGACACCGACCGUGCGCCGUUUCCCCUGCGCCCCGUGGCGCCUCGGACGUUCGCCAACGCGCAACGCGAACUGGCCGAGGACCUGGUCCUCAAGGGCCAGCAGAUCGAAAUGUUGAUCUCGCGGUUACCGGGGAUUGGGAAAGGUGCACAGCAGCAGGCAGAAGACAUCAGGGUGCUGGCGGACAAGGUACAGAAGAUGGAGCAGGAGAGGAAGGCAAGGAGGAGGGAGAUGAAGGAAUACGCAGAUCGGCUGGAACGCGUGAUCAUGGCAAUGUCAGUGAAUGUCGACUACGGCGAUGACGAAGGCUUGAACGGGCAUGGAUGAGGCUGCGACUUUCGCGGCUAGCAGGAAAUGAGUUGAUGUGAUAUGUGAAUCUGAACGAGGGACAUGAGUCAAAGAGGAGCAGGACGAGAACAACUCUACCCGUUUUCUAAGAUGUCGUUCGGCUGAAUGACAGAAAAGUUUGGAAUUCGCGUUUCGAGUCAUUAAUGCUGUCCAAGUCCUACAGCAAAGGAAAGAUCCAACAACUUGACCUCGAGGUCGCCAAAGAAACGUCUGGGUUCAGGGAUAGACAUCAAUCACGCCGAAUUGGUCACCCUCAUGGUUACUAUACCAUCAUACUUCGCCGUCGGUUCAGUGCUCUUUCGACCCUCGAAGUCGCGAGUCCUGUUUCGGCACCAGAAGUUGCCGGUUCUUUGUCUUUUAGGCUGGAACUUACGCUGUGUGAGCGCUUAAGAUCCUUUACUGCCGAAGUUCUGCUCCUGGACGCACCAUCCCCACGCAGACUCGCCGCAGAGCUUGGUCGUGGGAGAGGCGCUUGUGUGUCGGAUUUUAAUGCAUCGUAAGAGAGCUGGCGAGAGGCGGAAUGGAGGCCAGCGGAUUCCCCUGAAGAGGCCGAAGGCUGCAUAGAAUGCCUCCUAGUUGUACCGGUAGAGCUUGACAAGGGUUUCCGUCUGGCUCCUGCCGAACUUUUUGACGAUUUGUUCCCUUCUGUGUCGGUCUGUGUUUCUUUUGAAUC